GCGGUCGACGGACGGACGACACCGGAGACGGCGGAGACACACACCGCCACACCAGUGGUAAAGAACGGCCACCAUAGUCUAUAAUAAUAUAGUCAGUACUGGACCGGCACGCCAACCGUUUCGGCGUGGUUUGUUCAGCGACCGCUCGUACGAAUGUUAUGUAGUAUACACUUCGUCGGUGUACCGACGCACGUUACCAUUUCCGCCCACACGUUUGUUUUAUGUAUUAUGUAGAUUAUGGUGUAAAAAAUGUGUUACUAUUGUUGCUUAAAUUAUAAUAAUAUUUCGACGAUUAUCGAUUAAAAUUAAUUCUUUUGAGUACUUAGUUGUUUUCGCUGUUCACUCAAACAAAUGUAGCUCACUCGAUGCUCACUCAAAUUAAUCCGAUACAAUUGUCAAAGAUUAUACGUCGCUUAUCUUUUCACGCUCUUCAGUUCGACAACGACUUAUAACUAAUUCAUCGGUGUUUUUUUUACGGACUACAAUACAAACAAGCAUUACAGUGAAAAUUGAUGCGUGAGAGGUGAGGAUAAGACACAAACACCAAAUGAAAAUUUAAUGUACAUCUGAUAUUAGAUUUUAUUAAAACGAAAUAGUCGGAAAUAGUAAUAUUAAUUACACAAAGUCAAUUGAAAAGGUUGGUGACCUGCAGACCUGUCGGUUGUCGUCGUCGCGGAUCUGGUUAUUAUUUUCGAACACCAACGACUUUUGAAUUUUGACGCUGUGCCCUGCUCAUAACUCCAGAAGGAUUGGUCCCACGUCUAACCUUUCAUGCGAUCGGUGGCUGUGAUUAUACCACUUCCGGCACUACUUCCGUGCACGCGUCAUUGACGUUGGACGCAGUUUGGUGUACUGGCCAUGGGUAGAAGAUGUUAAACACCCAUUGCUGGAAAACGGGCCGGCCGGACAACGGGAAUAAUGGCAGCACUGAAAUUCCAUCGCCCGCGGCCGUGCUCCAAGAUGCGGACAAGUCGAUGCGAUUACAGGCGUGUUGGAUUCGGUUGUGGGAUAGGUGGGCGUGCGAACAACGCAACGUGGUCCUAUACCAGAUGCACAUCAAUCACGCGCUGUCCCGGGAACGGUCUAAGCUAACGCUGGCCGGUGGUCGGGUGGUGUCGUGCAGGCGCAUCAAGCAGCAGCAGGUGGGAUCCGGCUCCCGAUGCUGUAGCACGACCACCACGGCCGCCGCUGUAUCGACGUUGCAGCAGUCUGUGGCCGUCAGAUCCACCGCGGUGCAUCCUACCAGUAGGUGCAUCGCUUACUGCACUGCUGAUGACGCCACGAUUUACAACGUCAUCACUGAAGCCUCCGCCGCAUCGGCCGCGUCGGCCAUCGCAUCGGACGGCGGGGGCGCUCGCGACCUGCGAGUGCUGUCUACAGCCGUUGCCCGGCUUCGGGCGUCCGGCUGGUACUACGAGGGCGCCGAGGCACAAGCCUUGACCACGGACGCGUUGGCCAGAAUGCCGGCGGGCCGAUUUUGCGUUCGAGAUUCCAGACACUCGGAACACCUGUUCACGAUGGACGUGCAGACGGGCCGGUGCGGUGAGCCCCGGAUCAUGAGCGUACGGUUCACAUACGUGGAUGGCGUGUUCGGGCUGGACUCGAUGCCACGGCGUGCAGGCGCUCUCCGCGUCCCGAAGUUCCGAUGUCCGAUUGAGCUGAUCGACUACUACGUACGACUGUCCCGGAUCGAGGCGGCCCGCCAGAUGCUCGUGUACCCCGUGUGGAUUGACCAAUGUGGCCAGUUCUUCUCGUGGAUGAACCUCCGCAGGCCAGUGGUCAAGACCACCGCCGCGGGGUUCCCUUCGCUGAAGCACAUGGCCCGCCUGGUGAUCAACCGGCACAAGCGCCUCAUCACCAUCACUCCUACAUCACUACCAAACGAACUGAUCGAAUAUUUACUUCAAUAUCCGUAUAAUCUGUGAUUAAAUUAUUUUCUACAUCGUCUAAGUUAAAUUUUUACUAUUAUUACUAUUAUUUUUUUUUUGUCGUAUUUUUACUGUUAAUCUUAAUUUAUGUUAGGUAUAUAGUAAGUUAUUAGCGCAUAUGCGUGUACAAAUUAUAAUUACAUAUUUAUAUUUAUAUAUAGAAAUUAGAGGAGGAUAUUAUGAUGUAUAUAAUAUAAUAUAGAUUAUAGAUAAACUAUAUA